GCCGUGUGGCUCCUGGCUAAGCUUGGUGUCCAGAGCCCCUCUUCCCCAGUUACCGGCUCCAGCUGUCAGUGCAACGUGGAGGUGGUCAGAGCACUCACCGUGAUGCUGCACAGACAGUGGCUGACGGUGCAGAGGGCGGGGGCGCUCCCGAGGACUGACCAGCAGAAGCGGACAGUGCGGUGUCUGCGGGACACAGUGCUGCUGCUGCACAGCCUGUCCCAGAAGGACAAGCUCUUCACUGUGCACUGCGUGGAGGUCCUGCAUCAGUACGACCAGGUGAUGCCAGGGGUCAGCUUGCUGAUUCGAGGGCUUCCUGACGUGACAGACUGUGAAGGUGAGCCGGCAAGACGGCCCCUCCCUGCCCAGCCCACGUUUGGGGUUUGCCCUGGAGUCUAUGGGCAGGUCAGCCCUCCCCACCUUAGGUCAGCAGCCCUCCGUGCUCACGGCCUUUGCCAGCACUGGGGCCAUUCUUGUCUUCCUGCUCCGGUUCUUCUCUGAGUAUUAUCAGCCUGCCUUUUGCUCCUAUCUGUUGAAUCAGCCUGGCAGAACCACGGUUUUUCCAGAAACAUCCCUGUCUGAAUUGCCUUUGUAUCACUUUGCUUGCAGUAGCUGAGGGAGCAAGGCCUGGGCAUGGAAGGGACUGGUUAGUUCCUGUGGGCCUGGGUGUGGGAGGAGAGGUGGACUUGCUGCAGUCCCAGCGCCUUUAGGCCUUGGCCACAGAACCUUCUUCUCUUUUGGCUCAGAGGCAGCCCUGGAUGACCUCUGCGCCACAGAGCCCGAUGUGGACGACCCUGAGAUGGACUGUGGCUGAGGCCGGGUGAACAUCGAGCCACAUGGUGGCACCAGCGCCACUCAUUUCCUUACCUCAUCCACUGAUUAAAAGCAGUGACUGGCUGUUUGAGAACAUACCAGCCUUUGUUUCCUGAGUCUGAUGUGUGUCAGCUGAUUGGGAGGGACAGAGUAGGAGCGGGAUCCAAGGAAACUGGGAUCCUUCUUACUGUCCCUGGAGGGAGCUGAGAUCCAGCCCCUUGGUGAUGAAUCUGCUCUGAGGAAGCAGCCCUGCUCUGCCCUGCCUGUGGAAUUGCCCUGAGUCAUCGCAUUGGGCUGAGGCCAUGGUUAGAAACCAUUGUGUGGCAGAGAAGGAGGCAGCCCUUCAGCCCAGGCCUAAACCAGGGAGGCCUGGGAAAGUGGGGCCAAGGGGUGGGUACAAACGCCAUGGCAGGGGCUCCCGGCAGGCUUGAGUCCUGGAGCUCGCCUUCCCGGAUAGCCCUGUCCCCUGCUGUCCAGGGGUCCUGGUGCACUGUGCCAGACAGAGAUCUGAGAAGGCCUUUGAGGCAGUACUGUGGGUGCCUGGGGAGGGAACGGGUGUUGGCAAGAGGGACAGCCCAGCAGGCUGACGAGCAGGGGCGGGCUUUGCUCACACCAGCUCCUGGGCGGGCUCAGGCCCAGUUUCACUUCCCGCCACUGCUGCCAGCAGCAAGAACCAGCCAGAGAGCAUUCACCCUGAGUCAUUGCUGCCUGCCUGCUGUUCGGUGAGGACCCCCAAGGGGAUGGGGUAGGGUGGGAGGGCUGUGGGUACCUGCUCCCCCACACACACCAGGCUAAGUGGGUUCUAGGGGAGGAGCCAAACCUUCCCCUGAUCAGAUAGCUGAGUAUGCUGAUCCCACAAAGGAAGCCACCGCACCUUCUCUGGCUUCCUGCCCACCCACCCCCUACCCUCCUUUCCUCUUAUCACUGGGCACUCACCCUCCCCACCCCCACCCCAUGCUCCUCCCCAGGCUCAGCGCCAGAUACCUACCAUGGGCUCGCAGGCCCUGCCCCAGGCUCCCGUGCAGACCCUCAUCUUCUUGGACCUGGAGGCCACUGGCCUGCCCUUCUCCCAGCCCAAGGUCACGGAGCUAUGCCUGCUAGCUGUCCAUAGAUGUGCCCUGGAGAGCCUUCCCAUCCCACAGGGGCCUUCUCCCACGGUGCCACCGCCACCUCGGGUGCUGGACAAGCUCUCCCUGUGCGUGGCUCCAGGGAAGGCCUGCAGCCCUGCAGCCAGCGAGAUCACUGGCCUGAGCACAGCUGUACUGGCUGCACAUGGGCGUCAGUACUUCGAUGCCAACCUGGCCAAUCUCCUCCGAGCCUUCCUGCAGCGCCAGCCACAGCCCUCGUGCCUCGUGGCACACAACGGUGACCGCUACGACUUCCCCCUGCUCCAGGCAGAGCUGGCCAUGCUGGGCCUUGCCAGUGCUUUGGAUGACACCUUCUGUGUGGAUAGUAUUGCAGCCUUGAAGGCCCUGGAGCAAGCUGACGGCUCCUCGGAGCACGGCCCAAGGAAGAGCUACAGUCUGGGCAGCAUCUAUACACGCCUGUAUGGCCAGGCUCCACCAGACUCACACACGGCUGAGGGUGAUGUCCUAGCCCUGCUCAGCAUCUGUCAGUGGAGGCCACGGGCCUUGCUACGGUGGGUAGAUGUUCAUGCCAGGCCUUUCAGCACCGUCAAGCCGAUGUACGUGGUCACAGCCUCUACUGGAACCAACCCAAGGCCAUCUGCUGCCAAGGCCACUGUACUCCUGGCCAAAGCCAGGAACACCAGCCCCAACCUUGGUGGGGACAGAAGCCCCAAGCCCCUUUCUCCAAUGAAGAGCCCUGGAACCCCACCCAGGGAGGGACUGCUGGCCCCACUGGGCCUGCUGGCCUUCCUGACCUUGGCAGUAGCCACACUGUAUGGGCUGUCCAUAGCCAUACCUGGGCAUUAGGCCAAGGAAGGGCUGACUAAUAAAGACCCUCUCACAGCGCUGAGUGAUCACUCACCUCUAUGCUCCGUGGCAGCCUUAGAGCCUCCUGCACUUCUGCCCACACUCAGAGACCUGGGGCCAGGACACAGAAAGUGGCAGUCCUUGUUAUCACCCUUCAUAGCAGGAUGAUGAGACGUCUGAGCCCAAUAAAAGUGAGGGAAAUGAACUCCA